AUGGAUUACAGCCGUAGGUGGGCCGAACCGCAGGCGCCGCCGCAGCCGCCGCCGACGUACCACCACCCCGAAUCCCACCUCUACAGCGCACCGCCGCCGCAGCAGCCGGUCCCGCAGCAUCUCCUUCCCCACCCCGUCGCUUACUAUCCCUAUCCUAAUCCUCACCCCAACCCUUAUCCUCCUGGCGAUCCUGAGAACCCAGUCAGACCUGACGCCCAUGCCAGUCACAACCGGAUCCCCGCGGAUCCCUAUGCCAGUCGCCUCUACGCAACCCGUGGUGUGCACGACGGCCUUCACCCGGUGCCCUACCCUUAUCCUGGACAAGAAAGUCCGCCGGCGGUUCCCGGGCCCAUCCACCGCCCGUUCCCGGUAGAUCCCUAUGUCGGUGGCUACUACGCUCCCCGCGGUGGGCACGAGGUCCUUCACCCGGCAUCCUGCUCAUAUCGCGGAGGAGAAGGUCCGGCGGGGGUUUCCGGGGUGUCGUUGUACUACCACGGUCGUGGUGGUAGCGAACAACAUGGAUUCGCGGUGGAGGCGAUUCAUCCAUUCCCCGGCGCUAAUCCACUCGGUCAUAGCGCUGGUCAACCACAAUUUUCUACGGAACUGGAACACCCAAUUCCAUCCCAUAUGCAAUUCCCAGAUUGGAACAUGGCAAUGCAUCCUACCUCUAAACUAACAAAGAAAAGGACCCUGAAAGACCAGAAGUGGACCACCAAAGUAGUGCAAUCAGCAUAUUGUGAAGUUUGUAAGAUCAACUGCGACACUCAGGAAGUCCUGAUGAUACAUAAACAGGGGAAAAAGCAUCAGAAAAAUCUGCAGAAGCUACAAGAGUCUGUUACAGCAAAGGAAAAAGAAGAACCUAUAGCCGCUGUGGAGAAGGAAACAUCCAUUGUUGAGGAAGAAAAAUAUGUAGGUGAACAAAAAAGGAAAAGAGGUGCUCUAGCAACAACUGAGGAGUUGGAGGAGAAAAAGCGCAGGGUUCUCGAGGGAGGGGCAGCAGCAGAAGAGGUGAAGGUUUGCACCCUUUGUAAUGUAGUGGUCAACAGUCAGAAAGUAUAUGAAUAUCACAUUGCGGGGCAGAAACAUGCAGCCAUGGUGAAGAAACAGCAAGAAGCAAAAGCUGCGGCCGAGAGUUGA